AUGAUUCGCAGUACGGUACAAAACUAUGGUAGCGAGAGAGCGCUCCAUAAAGGCUGGUUGCCAGCGUGGCCUGACAGAGAAUAUCAGCAGCGCCGCGCAAGACGGACUGUGGGGCGUCGACGACUCCGCCUGCUGGGGCUCGCUGCGCUUAUCGCUCUUGUCUGCUGCGCGUUCUUUUUGGUCCGCUUCGUUCCUACUUUUAACUAUGCUCUUUUUAGGAGAAAGGUGUCCACAAACGGUGAUGCUUUGCGGGCGGUUUGGCUCGGAGACAGCGAUACCUUGCCACGAGGUCCACAACGAGAAUACUUUCGGUGCGUGCGCUCGCUUGCUCGCCUCAUGUACCUAUGUCGCUUAAUUGAUAACCCGCAUCAGCUUGCGGGCACGGAUCCACCGCUGACACUUCCCGCAUGUGAAGAGCUCGAAAACGCGCUUUAUGAGAGGUGUGCGGAGGCGCGACAGGCGCCCUCUCGAACGGUGCCGUCGCAAACAGCGCUGGCGCUGCGCACGCUUCCCUAUUUUGUCGCUGCAAGUGCACCGGCUCUGGAUACGUUGAAGCUAGAAAAUGUGCUGGGUCCGCAGAAGAUCCAGCGAUCACAUCGGGCACUCACUGAAAUCAACGUUUCGCUUGUGACCCAUGCAUCCCUCUCCAAGUUGUCUGAGUUGCGCCGGCUCACUGAGCACUGGCCAGCACCGAUAUCUUGCGCUCUGGUGCUCCCCGACGUCAGCCAAUCUCACCAGGUUCUGGACAUGUAUCCCAAGGGACGAUCUGAUCGCGUAGAUAUUCAUCUGCUGCUCGCCGACGACUACGAACGUCCGACGUACUACCCGUUCAACGCUGCGCGAAACCUAGCGCUCGAUAACGCCCGCACUGACUGGGUGUUCCUGGUGGAUGUCGAUUUUGUGCCGAGCCCGAACCUCGUGGAGAGCGUUCAGAGGACGCUUCGACGAUUCCCGGAGCUUCGCGAAGAGAUGCAACAACGUCGGGCCGUGCUGAUUGUACCCGCCUUUGAGAAGCUUCAGGCUCGGGAAGAGCAUCAGACAUCGUUGCCGGCGACACGCGCGGAACUUGUUGCGGAGACUCGCGCCGGUCGUAUUGUGCCCUUCCACGUAUCCUGGUACUGGCCGGGACACGGUCCAACGGAUUACAUUCGCUGGCUUGCUGACGCUAACGAAACAUCCGAACACGAGCCGCACAAGCCGUACCGCGUGCGCUAUCGCGACGGCUACGAACCGUACAUCGUGGCCUAUCGACAUGGUCUACCGCGAUACGAGGAUUCCUUCGUUGGUUACGGUUGGAACAAGCAGAGCUUCAUUAAGGAGCUCCAUUAUGCGGGCUACCGAAUGUAUGUUCUCCGAGACGGAUUCAUCAUUCACAUGAACCACGAAUACGCGAGCUGGAGAAACCAGCAGAAACACGAGAAUCUCCGAGCUUUGAAGUCGGCUAGAGCGUACCACGAACAGCUGCUUCGAACGCGGUACGGUAAGAGCGUUUCUUUUGAAGAGCGCUCCACCAGCUGA